AUGCUGAUGGACCCCAACUUUGCUGACAUAGCGGACUUUCUCCGAUGUGAUUUGCUUGUGUUCGAUUACGCUGGUUAUGGUAUCAGUGACGGAGAAGCUACGGAACAAACAGUAUAUGACAGUGUCGACAGAGUGUACAAGUACGCCACCGAAGAACUAGGCUACGUUCCCAAAGACAUUAUACUGAUAGGAUUCAGUUUGGGAACAGCUGCUAUGGUGCAUAUUGCAUCGAGAACACCUGAUGUGAGCUAA